GCAGAGGCGCACACUUUGCACAAUCAAACGGCUGCCAAGGAACGAGAACUGGCCUCCUGUCUGCGGCGGUCCGAAGAAAUGCAGGGAAAAAUAGCCCUCAUUCGGGAAUGGUGCCAGUGGCUGGCGUCUCCUCCGGGUUCGCUGCGGCCCAAGCCACCAAGCAGUCCCAGUUUCGAAGUUGCCGAGGAUGCCUUGAGGUGGAAUACAGCAUUUUCAGAAAUCUCCCUUCUUGAUCAGUCUAUACGACGACUACAGGAGCCUCAGGGAGCAGCUGGUGCGUCCUCUGGAUCCACCUCACGUGAAGCCUGCUCAUCCGUUCCCCCGGAAACCUCCCCCCGACAUGUGACCCUGCCCCCAAGGCCCUCCUCCGUGCAUCGACCUAGCGCAAUCGGGUAA